AUGGGCUCACCUGAGGACCCAGAGGAGCUGGCUUCAGAUGAUCCAUGGUCCUCGUCUGAAGGAGGAAGAGGAGGCCACAGCGCGCACUCCUCCACGGAGGCUGUCGGAGAAGGCUGGUCACAGGCGGUGGGUGACCAGCGCUGGGCAGCGUUCUGCGAUGACGUGGAGGGCGGGGCAGCGCUUACCGUGAGGCUCACUGGACCCAGAUUUUACACCAGGCAACAACUUGGACCGGACACUGGAGUCAGAGUGCGGCUUGGUAGGCCGAGCGCUGGGCCCCUCCGGACCAAGAGUGGAAAGCAGCCCGAGUGUGUAAAGUUGAGGACAGCGAAGAACUGUUACUUGCAGCUAGUGGAGGUCGAGCGGCAGGCCUCGAAGGAGGCGAGAAGUAAAGCGCGAGAUGCCAAGUACGACCUGUUGACCAAAGGCAUGAGUCUAAGUGUCUGCUACUCCGCCAGCAUCGGGGGCACGGCCACUCUCACUGGGACCACCCCCAACCUCAUCCUGCAGGGACAGAUGAACCAGCUGUACCCAGACAACGGAGGCAUCAUCAACUUUGCGAGUUGGUUCGGCUUUUGUUUCCCAAACAUGGUCUUGAUGCUGAUUUUCUCGUAUCUGUGGCUCCAGUUCAUGUUCCUCGGCUUCAAUCUAAAGGAGUCGUUUGGUUGUGGAGAGAAGAGCAGUCGUGACCGUGAGGCCUACGCCGUGAUGCGGGAGGAGUACCGGAAACUGGGCUCCAUAUGUUUCGCAGAGAUCAUGGUCCUGGUGAUUUUCGUCCUGUUGGUUUUGCUGUGGUUCACCAGAGAGCCGGGCUUCAUACCAGGAUGGGCCACAGUUCUCUUCAACCAGGACGCUCCGUAUGUGUCCGAUGGAACCACUGCGAUCCUGAUGUCCAUGUUAUUCUUUAUGAUUCCGUCGCGGAUGCCCAGUUUCAGAGGAUACGGCUUUAACGAGGCCGGGAAGCAGGUGAAGGCUCCGCCCGCGCUGCUGGACUGGCAGGUGGUGCACAAACGCAUGCCCUGGAACAUCAUCCUGCUGCUGGGAGGAGGCUUCGCUCUGGCUAAAGGCAGCGAGGAGUCUGGUUUGUCAGUGUGGCUCGGCGAGAGUUUGACACCUUUAAAGAAGAUUCCUCCUUUUGCCAUUUCUCUGGUGCUCUGUUUGUUGGUGGCGACAUUCACUGAGUGCUCCAGCAACACGGCCACCACCACACUGUUCCUGCCCAUCCUGGGGUCCAUGGCGUCUGCGAUUGGGAUCCACCCUCUGUACAUCAUGCUUCCCUGCACGAUCGCCUCCUCGCUGGCCUUCAUGUUACCCGUGGCAACACCCCCCAACGCCAUCGCCUUCUCCUUUGGAAACCUCAAAGUCCUCGAUAUGUCCACGUAUAGGCCCUGUCCCGUCAUAGCCUCACCUCAUUGGCCCAGUGUUCACGCUGCGGGUGGAGCAGCCCUCUUCCUCAUUUUGAAAAUGGCAGUCGCACUCUGA